AUGGUUUCGUCUUCUGAAGAAGAGGAUGAAUCCGAAUCCGACCGGUCUUGCCCAAAUGUCAAGCCCUUGGCGUCCAAGCCAAUGGUUGGCUCACAAAAAUCCACCUUCAGAAAGCCCAUAUCCGAGCUCAAUGCUACUGGCCCGGGAUUGCUGGUAAUGUUAACAGGGUCAAAACGUGCUCCUGCAGAGGAGAAAGCGAGUGAGGUGAAGGAUACGACGAGGUUGAAGCCGAAACCAGAGCCUGUGAUUUCAGAGAAAAAGUGGAGUGUUACUAAUGAUGAUACGAAGGAAAAGCUAUUUCAGAGGCUAUGGAGUGAGGAUGAUGAAAUUGUAAUUCUUAAAGGGAUGACCGAUUACGUGGUGAAGAAAAAAUCUGAUCCAGCUGCUGAUUUGAAUGCAUUUCGUGAUUUCAUUAAGAAAGAUUUGAAUGUGGAUGUUACCAAGGUUAAGCAGCAAGAUAAAAUUAGGAGGCUGAAGAAAAAGUACGAUAAAAAUAAGAGUAAGGAGAAGCAGGGUAAGAAAAGGACUUUGGCGAAGGCCCACGAGCAAAAAGUUUAUGAAUUGUCGAAAAAGAUUUGGGGGAAAAAUAAUGGGAAUUAUAGUGGAGGUGAAGCAUUUAAGAAUCCUAAAGGGAAUGGGAGUGCUGUGAGGAAGACUCUGAGUAACAGGACUGUUAAAGUUGAAUGUGGGGAUUUGAAGGAAGCAAAGAGAGAGGAGAUUGAGAAUGGUGAUAUAAAGAUGGUGGCGGUGAAGAGUGAGAAUUUGGAAGGUGCUAAUGUGGGGAAACAGGGUUUAAAAAGUGAGGCAGAAUUAUUUGAAAGUGAUAAGAUGGUUAAGAUAGCAAGAGAGUGGAGAAAGUUGGAAAUGGAGGAGGCUGAGCUCUAUGUCAAGAAGCUGGGCUUCAUGUGGAUGCAAAUGAAGGCGGUUUUGGAUGCAUUGAAGUCCUCAGAUAACUAA